AUGUUUCUCCCCAACCCCUUUGCCUUUCGGCCGGCCCAGGUGACCUUCUGGACGACCAUCACGUAUCUAGCUCUGCUCGUGCCUAUCAUUUAUCUCCAAGAGGCCGUCCCGGGCGCACCAGCAGAGUCGGCUCUGCCGCGGGGAAUCAGCCUGUCGGAAGCAUGGGCCGACCUGGCUAACCUGACCGGAGCCUACCAUCCGGCGAACAGCCAUGCGAACGAGCUUGUUCGCAACUUUCUCAUCCAGCGGAUCCGCGAGAUCCUCGACGACAACGGCGUGACCUGGACCACACAGGAGGACCGUGUCGGCAAUGCUGCUUCCCCGACAGAAAUCUCGGCGUCACGUGCCGGUGCUGGUGUGGAUGCGGUUCUUUUUGACGACAUGCGAGCCAACGUGACGUAUACCAGCAGCGGCUCCGACGGGACGCGGUCGGUGAUGUACUAUGAAGGCACGAAUGUGUAUGUCUACGUCCGUGGCACAGACGAUGCGCCCGGCGAGUGGUGGCAGCCGGGAGCCGAAGCUGGGCCCUCGGCGAAGCAACUUGUGCUGGUGAAUGCGCACUACGACGCCGUGUCGUCCAGCUUUGGGGCCACCGACGAUGGCGUCGGCGUGGUCACGUCGCUGCAGCUGCUGCGCUACUUCACGACACCGGGGCACCAGCCGCGGCGUGGCAUCGUCGUGCUGCUCAACAAUGCCGAGGAGGACUUUCUGCUGGGCGCGAGCGCCUUUGUCAACAGCCCGCUGGCGCCGUUUAUCGGCUCGUUUGUCAACCUGGAGGGUGCCGGUGCCGGCGGCAAGGCGAUGCUCUUCCGCUCGACCGACCUGGAGGUCGUCAGCGCCUACAGGCGAAGCCCGCAUCCGUUUGCGUCCGUGGUCGCCAGCGACAGCUUCAAGUCCGGCCUGAUCCGCAGCGAGACCGACUACCGCAUCUGGGUGGACGUGCUGGGCUACCGCGGCCUCGACAUUGCCUUUUUCCGGCCCCGUGCCCGAUACCACACCACGCAGGACAACCGCAGACACACGUCCAGGAACAGCGUCUGGCACAUGCUCUCCAGCGCGCUGGCGUCCAUGCAGGGCCUCUCGGGCGAUCUGGGCGGCCGGGUCGACUCGCACAGGACCGUCGGCGUCUGGUUCGACCUGUUCGGCAACAGCCUGGUUCUGUUUGCCCUCCGCGGCCUCUUUGCAUGGUCACUGACCAUCCUCAUCGUCUCGCCCCUGGUUCUGGCUCUCGUCUUUUACGUGCUCUACAGAGCUGACAAGGACUAUCUGUUUAGGGCGUCCGUCUCGGUCGGACUGAUGGAAGAGGCUGCCGAGAAGGUGCCUCUUGAUGGGUGGAAGGGCUUUUCUCGCUUCCCUCUUGCUCUCGUUGUGGCUGAGGCAUUCGUCCUUGGCGCCGCUCUCCUCAUCAAGAAGGUCCAGCCCUUUAUCAUCUAUAGCAGCCUAUAUGCAGUGCUGGCCCUGAUGACCUCGCUUUUUUACUGCGUCUUCUGGUUUGUCAUGCGAGGUGCCGACGCUUCACGGCCGUCGGCGUUUCAUCGGACGUAUUCUCUUAUUUGGCUUUACGUUCUCACAUGGCCUCUUCUGGUUUAUACCGCCGUCGUGGAGGACCAGAAAAAAAUAGCGUCGGGUUAUAUUGUCGCAUUCUGGGCCUCGAGUGUCUUUGUCGCUACCGUCGUCUCCUUGCUGGAGAACCUGAGUCUCCAGAAGAAAGGAGCUUAUGCGGAAGGAAUUGUUGGCGUGGCAGACGCAGAUAUUUCAGGCUCAAACCCUGCCGAAGACGUCGGUUUGAUUGCCCCGGGUCCGGAAGAAGCUGAAGAUGGGUCGCCCGUCCACGAAACAACGGAUGACGAUGACGAGAUCCCUACAGAAGCGAGUCCUCUCAUCGGUGGCAAUGCCAGAAACGGCCGUCCGACAACGUUUGCCACGAAUUACCGACGAUCUGUCACGGCCAUAUUGAAUGCAAGACGUCAUCAUGCCGAUGGAGAACGAAAGCCGCAGCCCUUUCCCUCAGAACAAGCAUGGUCCGGUCGUCUUCCAACCUGGACUUGGCUUGUUCAGUUCCUGAUCAUUGGGCCGUUCACAAUAAUCAUCACAGCGCAACAGGGUCUCGCCAUUGCCUUGUCGGUGCAGCAGACAGGGACGGAUGGCUCCAAUUUGCUGACGCCGUAUCUUCUCAUCGCUUUCUUCACCACGUUUGUCUUCCUACCCAUCACACCCUUCAUCCAUCGCGUCACUCGCCAUAUUCCGAUAUUCUUUGCCGUCAUUUUUGUGGGCACGCUCGUAUACUGCUUGUCUUCAUUCCCAUUUUCUCCUGCCAGCCCCUACAAAGUUUUCAUCCGACAGACAUUUUCGGCAGAUACCGGGACAACAUCCAUCAUCCUUACCGGUCACGAAGCUUAUCUCCUAAAAAUCAAGGCGGACCUUCCCUUCGCUGUGGGAAAGCCGUGGACGUGUUCGCCUUCUCGGGGACGGCAGACCGGCCUGGUUGACUGUGCCUUGGAUGGCACUGGGCUCGAGCCGCACCUUGAUGGAACGGAAACGCCCUUCUCGGAUAACUAUGCAAGACUCGUGACAAUCAAUGCCACGCGGUCGGAGUUGAAGAACAAAGCAACGAUUGAGAUCAACGCGGUAAACAGCAAGUCCUGUGCUUUGCACUUUGAAAAGCCAUUCAAGCAGGUUUCUGUGCGUGAUAGUGCAAACCUCGACACGCGCUUUCCCUGGGCACCCGGUGCCGAAGUAUGGCCAAUUACAGACGUCACGCUUUGGAGGAGAGAUUGGGAGACGCCGUGGCUUGUGGACGUUGAGCUGGGCGACGACGACGCCGAGACAGUGGCAUCAACUGUUUUCGGCUCUGUGGUAUGCAGAUGGGCUGACGUCAACACUCCUGGCACAGUCCCUGCGGUUGAUGAGGCGUGGAAGUUUGCACCAAAGUGGUCAGUCGUGUCGAUCAAGUCUAAUCCGCCUCUCGUGGAGGGAACCAAAGGUUUCUCGGUGUGA